UUUCCAGCCGUAGCUCCCACGAGCUAGGAUUUAUCUGAUUGUGUGGUGGACCGAAACUUCAGGAUACAAUUCAAUGGCUGAAGGCUGAAGUGGAGCUUGCGCUGGCUGUGGUUAUGAAGAGGUCGCAGAAAUCUUGGAUUGAAGGAGUAUUUGACAAGAGAGAAUGCAAUACGAUUAUACCCAGCUCAAAAGACCCCCACAGAUGUACUGGAGGGUGCCAGGUCUGCCAGAAUUUAAUCAGGUGUUACUGUGGACGAUUGAUUGGAGACCAUCCUGGAGUAGAUUAUCCCUGGACUGUCUCAUCCGCCCACAGAGGUGAAGAUGAAGAAUGGUCCGUGGAAAAACACACAACAACAAGCCCCACGGAUACCUUUGGCACGAUUAAUUUCCAAGAUGGGGAGCACACCUACCAUUCCAAGUACAUUAGAACAUCGUAUGAUACCAAGCUGGAUCAUCUGUUACAUUUAAUGCUGAAUGAGUGGAAGAUGGAACUGCCGAAGCUGGUGAUCUCUGUCCAGGGGGGUCUACAGAACUUUGAAAUGACCCCCAAACUUAAAGAGACCUUCAGCCAAGGUUUGGUCAAAGCUGCAGAGACAACAGGGGCGUGGAUUCUGACCGAAGGCAUAAAUACUGGAGUGUCCAAGCACGUUGGCGAUGCCUUGAAAGCCCAUUCCUCCCACUUGCGAAAAAUCUGGACAGUCGGAAUCCCUCCUUGGGGUGUCAUUGAGAACCAGAGGGAUCUUAUUGGAAGAGAUGUGGUUUGCUUGUACCAGACUCUGGGCAACCCCCUCAGCAAGCUCACCACACUCAACAGCAUGCACUCACACUUCAUCUUGUCAGAUGAUGGCACUGUGGGCAAGUAUGGAAAUGAAAUGAAGCUGAGGAGGAAUCUGGAAAAGUAUCUUUCUCUGCAGAAAAUACACAGCCGUACAAGACAAGGUGUGCCUGUGGUGGGUCUGGUGGUAGAAGGAGGUCCCAAUGUGAUCGUCUCAGUGUGGGAGAUUGUGAAGGACCGUGACCCAGUGGUGGUGUGCGAAGGCACAGGCCGAGCUGCUGAUCUCCUGGCUUUCGCCCACAAACACUUAGCUGAUGAAGGGUGA